GAGAAAGAGCGAGUGAGAGAGAGAGAAAAGAGAGUGAGUGAUAGAGAGAGAGAGAGGGAGAGAGAAAAGAGGAGGAGAACAGAGGGAGGGUCUGAAAAGGGGCUGUACGUAGUGGCUGUCACACGCACACAUUUCCACACACCGAGCCGCAGGAGAGCACAGGUGGGAGUCGACAAGAGGAAGCCAUCUCAGCAACUCCAGCCCCUGGUGCCCCUGCAGCAGUGGGAGUUCUAGGAUCAUCAAGAAGAAGUCAAGACACACUCAGUCUUGAUAAGCCAUCUGCUUUUCCUGAGCAGCCUCAUCUCCUUAGACCUAAUCUGAACAGAACAAAUAAACCCACCAUCAACUCUGGCACUGAUUGCAAGAGCACAGAGCUUGAUCAAGCCACCCAGGGCGAAUCUGUCAGCACUGUGAGGAUACAGAGGGAUUACAAUGUCAGGAAUCUGUUUAUAAUACUAACAUACACAUAAGGAACAAUAAAUCCUUGAUGAAAUAAGGGUCUCUUCAACAGUGACAUUCAGCAAAGUCUGGACGACCUUUCGGCUGAAUGGUGGUUUCUUGCCCUAAAGUAAUUACAGGAAGCUACCCAACGCUGCCCUUCUUUUCAGGCAUUGUUGAAAUAUUUCAAGAGCGAGGGGCGUGCACGUGUCUUUCGAGAGCUGCAGCCAGCCUCCUGGACGUUGGGCUACACUAAAAGGGGUGGGAGAAUAAAGAGAGGAAGAGAAAUGUCUGGAUCAGUGAAGGAAAACAGACCCGAGCACAACAGUGGAUGGUGUUUCAGCCUGUGGCGGAUCUGAUCGCAAUUGUGAAAUAUCCUUGGCUCUUGUCCAUGGGAACCGAUCCAGGGUGCAUCAGAAAGAGAAAGAGAGGGAGUCUCACAGGACAGUCCAGUUAGAGCUUGAGUAACAUCGUGGGGAGUAGGGAGCAAAGUGAAAGCGUGGCUUUUCAACACUUCUCUGUCUACUCAGACGGAUUACUCCAGAGAGAAACCUGCAGGCAGAUGGAGAGCCGAAGCCAUACCGUUUGAUCCUGCUUGUGGGUCUUGAGGGCAGGACAAAGUCCAAAGAGCUGAAAACCCCCUCCCUUCUGGGCCGCCUCCAGUCGAACACAAGCGGUCAAGCCCAGGCAAGCAGGCGAACGGGACGCCGCAGACCAGGAGACUCUCUUUGCUUUUAAACACUUAAAACUGCCCCUGCUGAACACCGACAGCCCCAGGCCGGGAGGAAGGGAUGGAGAGGGGGCACGACCCCGUCAGUAGAGGGGUCAGCUGGACUGGGCCUGGAGCCAUGACCCUGACAGAGAAAGCCAGAGAUGAGGUGAUCUCCUGUGUGGACAGCGGGGACAGUACCAGCCCUCAUGGCUGGGAGAAAGAGAAAGAAAAGCACAGCUGGGUCAAAGUGAAGCCAGCCCUGACCUCCAGCAGCAACCGCCCGGCACGCAAAACAAACCUCAGCCGGAGCGCGAGCCUCUCGGAGAAGGAGCUGAAGGAAGCGCGGACUCGGAGUCAGAUCAUCGCAGCGCAGCUGACCGUGCCGUCUAACACCAACUCCAGAGGUGUCCAGCUUUUCAACCGCCGCAGACAGAGGGUCAAUGCCUUCACGCUGGUGAGCGUGGGAGGUGGAGAAGGAGGCCACCACCAGUCCCGGAAUGAACCAGACUCUCCUGCUUCAGGCACGUUGACAUGGGAGCACUCGACUGACAGCCAGUCCGGAGAUUUGAACCACAGAAGUAGCCAGAUCCUGCGGCCGUCCAUCAAGGGACGUGACAUGGAGGCGGAGGAGGUGGUGUGUGAGCUGGGAGAAGUGGAGGACAGGGCAGGGGACAGACAUUUUGUUCCUGUAAACGAGAAGGACGAGGACAUAGCUGAGGAAUCAAAGGAUGGAGGUGACAGCACAGCUGUUCUUGACCGAGCUGGACAAGAAGAUGUGCAGUUAACAGUGGAAUUAAAGGGCCCAGCAGAUGCUUUUAAAGACAUCCCAAAUGGCUGCCACAGCACUGAGCACAAUGGACAAGCAGCCAAGCCAGCAUCAAAGCAGCCAAACAUCAUGAACAGGACGGCUCGGCCAUUUUUCUCCCCAGGCGCAGUGACCUCGGCUGGGUCUGGAAGCCCUGCUCCGGACACCCCAGCACCCUCCUACUCCACUCCUCCACUCUCUGCUCCACCUGACAGCGACCUGCGUCCACCAACUCACGUUGAUCCCCCUUUCCCAAUAUCAUCCAGACCAGCAUUCUCCCCUCCACCUCCUGCACCUUCGUACCCGACCCCUCCGCUUCCCACCUACAUGAGCCCACCUCCGUCUGUCCAUUCUAAUCCUCUACCCUCUGCCAUGUCCCCCCCACCAGCCCCCGUCUACUAUGCCCCUCCGACUGCGCCCCGCCCCACCUUCAUCCCUCAGUUUGUGAGCGAGAGGAGGUCAGUGACACCAAUUCGGACGGGAAUCCUGGAUGAAGGCGUCGUCCGGCGGGCCAACCGCAAGUCAAUGUUCACUUUUCAGGAGAAGCCGAAGUUAGCCCCGAACCCUGAGCUCUUGUCUCUGGUCCAGGGGGCUGAUGAGAUGAAGAGAGGACGGGGCCAGUCGGAGCCGCCACAGCAGGAGGAGGAGCUCCUGGCCCUUGGAGCAGAGGCCUCCAACUUCCUUGCCAAAGAUGAGGGCGGAGUGGAGGAGGCCUUUGUGCCGGAGUGGGCAUCGACACUCAGAAGCACCAGAACCCGGGGCAGGACGGAGCACAAGCCCGAGCACAAGCCCGAGCAAGCCCUGAUGGACGCAUCUGGGAAGGGGGCAGAGCUUUUCACCAAGCGCCAGACCAGAAUGGAGAAGUACGUUCACGAAAACAAAGCCGGAGUGAGAUCUCCUUCUCCAACCUCGUCCUUACCUCCCUCCUGGGUAUAUCCAUCAAACAUGCCUGGUCGAGUGAAGGCCAUCGCUAACUCUUCCAACAUCAGUGCGCAGAUUGCAAAGUCUCUCCAUACCCAGCAGGCCACCAACAAGAAGAAUGUUCCGGCAAAGGUGCAAGCACCCGCACCACCUCUGGUCCCGGAAAGCCCGGCGUUGGAGAAUGGCUGCAGCAGAGUGGAAAUGGAGCUAUCCCGGCACCAACCUUACCAGCUUAAUUCCUCUUUGUUUAUCCUCAGCCCUACCAAGGACCCCAUUGGCACCCUUCCAAGAGCAGCGCCGCCACCCAAACCUGUGUUGACUGGACCCUCCUACCCCAGACAAACUUCUCUCCCAUCCAGCCCCAUAACUGCCCAGUACAGUCCUUCAGCCACCUACAGAUCGGCACAUUGCUUCUCUCCUCCCGUGAUGCCCCUGAGCAGCAGCUUGGCCUCCCCUGUUUCAGGCUCAGCUCCUGAACGCGUGGCUUCACCUAGGUCUACCAUCCAGGCACCCAAACCCACCUACUCUGCCAAGAAAGCGGGGAUUGCCCCACAGGUCAAAGAAGAGUCACCAACUGCAGCUCCAUCCAGCCGCUCCAGCACCCCAACGCCCUGGACACCCAACCUGUCCCGCCGCCUCAGCAGCCCAGAGGGCCUCCACAGUGCCGUUUGGUCCCCCAGCAGCCAACGGAGCACUUUAGUUACCUCCCCACCACCCCGACCCAUCUAUAACCCAGCGACCUCCUCCCCAACCCCAAGAACCAUUCAUAAUCCCAUUUCCUCCUCUCCAACCCAAAAGUCCAUCCAAAGCCCCGUCAGUUCCUCUUCAACCCCAAGACCCUUCCAUAACCCAGCCCCUUCCACCCCAUUCUGCAGGCCCACCAGUAACCGUACUCCCACCACCCCUGUUUCUCCACCUUGGGAGAGCGGGUGCCAAUCCCCAAUCAGCCCCCAAGACACCAAGGCCAACCACCGCCUCCUGGCCAAGAACAUCAUCAACGCAGCCAAGCGGAAGAACAGCCCGUCGCCUGGGGCUCUCAGUGGGCACAACCUCCCCAUGUCUCCAGUCAGCAGCAGCAUCCUGCCCUUUGAACCCAAACCUGCGAGCCCCUUUCAGUCUCGCUCUCUGGGGGCCCAGUCCCCGACUUUCACCAGCCCACCGCCAACUCCCACCCGCAUGGUCCGCUCCCCACUGCGCCUCUACAACACCCGUUCCCUCACUGACUCGGACGCCUCCCUUGAGUCGGAAGAUUCAGGUGUACGCUCGCCCGGGGCGCGCACCUACAACACCUGCCCACGUGGCUGGACCGGGAGCCUGAGGGUGAAGCGGGGAGGAGUGUCUGAAGAUCUGUAGGAUGCAAGGAUUAAGGGAAACAGGUUGGACUACAAAUUGAACCAGACAGUGGACCAAUUAUUGAGAAAGCACCAGUGGUGGUCCCCAGCCUUGCUCCUAGAGACCUACCUGCUUACAGAGUUUAGCUCCAAUCACUAAUUUGGCACAUAAUCAAUGUCUUCAGUAGACCUUGGAUGUUUCUAAAUACCAAUAAUGGACUUCUGCAGAAACAAACUCAAGAAUGGAGAGUGGAAGAAUUGACAGCAUACAGUACUGUGCAAAAGCCAGAGACCACCCUUCAUUUAUGUAAUUUCAAGUAUAAAUGGUCGAGCUCAACUCUUGCUUCGGAUCUGAAACAUCCACAGGUGUUUCUGUUCAUCCUUCUACUGUGAGAAGACAACUCAACGCUAUGGGUCUGAAGGGAUGUGCAGCUGUCGAGAAGCUGAACAAUGGACUGACCACCCCAGAGCCCAGACCUCAACAUCACUGAAUGGGUUCGGGGCUACCUGGAUCAUGAGAAGCAGAAAGUGCUAAACCAACUUCUGAGACUGAACUUUGGAGGUAUCCACAAAGAAAGUAAAUGAAGAGUGGUCUCUGGCUUCGGCACAGUACUGUACCUUGUAAGAAUGGAGAAUAUGUUUCAUUGUCGUAACGUAAGUCAGAACAAGGCAUUUCUUCAUCAUGAGGCAUUUCUUCAAAGAUUGCAUUACUCACUCCAUGAGAUGGUUCUGACUCACCUCUUCUGCCAUUGCAAUGAUGUUGGGAAAUCACAUUUAUCCCUAAUGACAAGUUACCGACUGAUGCAACCUCAGGAUUCAGAGCAGGCUAAGAACACUUCUGGGGUAUUUUUACCAUUCUCAGAACCAUUCUCUACGUUGUUGAGUGUUGGAAUUGGAAGAUGGGCGUCAAGCAAGUCCACAAGAACCUACACAAACGUAUAUUGACACUUCUUGAUUAGCAUAGGUGUCAAAUUUGGGCUGAAAUUCAACUCUGCAGGAAGGUUAACUGGGCUGGUGACCCUUGGACCAGAGACUGGACUACAGUCAAGGGAUCAUAGAUACGAUGGAUGAGAGAAUGGAUGAAAGAACAGACGAGAGACUCUAGGGACCGUUUCAGAUUCUCUAAUUCUGCUUCCAAAGUGGCCUUUCGAUUCUGAAUGUAAUGCUGGAGACGUUGAUAAAUGCCAGUGUUGUUGGCUGUUACUCUAUCUGGGAUUAUGAAGCGAUAAUGAAAAGAUUUUUUUAUCCUCUAAGUGGAAAUUCAGUCCCAGUGAUUUACCUGCUCUUACAUGGCUGAUUCAACUCAUACAGGGCUCGAUAAGGGGAGGUAGCUGAUGAGUGGAAUCAGGGAAUGCUCAGGCCUGGGACUGAACGCUUUUGCUUCAACUGCUUUGCACCUGACAGACUAUGCGUUACAUGGUAACACUUUACUGAAGGGCAGCAUUCGUAACUUCUUCAUAAGCCUUUCAAGACAGCUAACAUAAAUCUACAUAGUAGUAGUGGGAGGUAUGUGCAUACGUUGAUGUACGAACAGUACAAUCCAGCUAAUGUUAGCCUCUUUAGCUGAGUGGCGGAGCCAGGGAUGUUUCAGUGAUGUUUCAAAUGAAAAUGGAAACACAGCAGACCCUCGAUCACCUCCCGCUGUCUAGUACCUUACAUCUGAAGUUGUCCACUUUGUUUUCGAGGCAGCAGAUAUGAAGGAAUAGGAGUUAGCAUUAGCCUAUCCCGGACACCAGAUCGAUGCCUGAGAAACCACUUGAUUUAGUCAGCUGCCUCAGGUCAGCAUUGCUGUGGUCAGGGCCUUGUGAAUGAAAUAAGCCAUGGACCAGCUGAUACUGGUGACUGUAUAAUUGUAAUAUUUUCCUAUUUCCAGCAGCGUCAGACGUGUGGAGAUUCGAGUAUGUGGGCCACAGCUACACCCUUAAAAAAGAUGGUUCUUUAAAGGUUCUUUAGUAAAGAAAAUGGUUCUAUAUCGAACCAUGAACACUCAAAAAACACUCUUUGCAUCAUGAAAUGGUCUUUCAGAAUGUGUUAUAAAUGGUUCUAUGUAGAACCUUUUUAAAAAGGGUUCUAUAUAGCACCCAAAAGGGUCACCGUGCUUGCUGACUAUUGAUUACAAACUGGUUGAUUAAUCGUCAAAAUUAUUUUAUAGAUUGCUUAAUUACUUAUAUAAGUGAAAGACAGAACCUUACAGUCUUAUGAAUUAUAGUUCUUUAAGGGUUCUGUAGUAAAGAAAAUGGUUCUAUAUAGAACCAUCCAUCCAUCCAUCAUCCAAACCGCCUAUCCCUCCGGGUCGCGGUGGGGUGCUGGAGCCCAUCCCAGCAGUCACCGGGCGGAAGGCAGGACACACCCCGGACAGGUCGCCAGUCCAUCGCAGUAUAUAGAACCAUGAACACCCAAAGAACCUUUUGCACGAUCAAAGGGUUGUGAGUGGGUGAGGUGGUUCUUCAGAUUGAUGGCGAAUGUGCUGUAUAUGGUUCUACAUAGAAUUUUUUAAAUUGGGUUCUAUAUAUCGCUAACAAGCGUUCUUCUAUUGUUACGAUGUCAAGCUUGUAACAAUAGAAGAACCCUUUUCAAAAAGGUCAUAUGUAGAACCAUCUACAGCACAUUCUCCGUCAAUCUGAAGAAACAUCUCACCAUGCAAAGAACCCUUUAAUCAUGCAAAAGGUUCUGUGAGUGUUCAUGGUUCUUUAUAGAACCUUUUUCUUUACUAAAGAGCUGUUGAAGAACCAUCUUUUGAAAGAAUGAAUGAAACCAGAGAAAAUCGACAAAGUUGAAGCGUCUUAUUCAGAUUUGCCCGUUCCACCUUAAAUGGUGCAGAAUGUAACUGCUGCUCCAUUUAAGGUGGACCGAAAAAUUCAAACCACAAAGAAAACCCAACUUCAUCUCUGUAGAAAUUCAUAAGACAUAAAACAACAUUUAGCACCAUUUUUGCCAGGUUAGUGUAGUGAACAAUAUUGACAUCUACAUAUUGUUGAAAUUAGUUUUUAUUAUUUAGCACAAAAUAGAUUUACUCUGAUUAUUAUUAUUAAAAUGGUUCUUAUUGAAGUGUGAAGGCACAUCCUGGAAUAAUACGUCACUGUUAACCUACAAAAAUAGGAUGGAUUAAGCAUCUAAAGUGGUUUUAUUUAAAUAUAUGUGCACUGUGAUUUAUUCCAAAGCUGAAAUUUUGAUUAUACUGUGAUAUACAUUUCAGGCCAUAUCGCCCACUACUACUCAUCUACUCCUACACAGCAUAUUCCAACACACAUCACUUAUCAUAACUCUUGCUGAAAUAGCUCUAUAAAUACUGCCCUACCGUAAAAUGUUACCCUUUUUUUAUUAACCAAAGACUUUCCAUGGCUUCUAGUGACCAAAGACAUAACCCAUGUGCAAGAACCUUCAAAGCAGUGUUAGACGUUCUUAUUUUCCGUGUGUUGCCUCCUCUAUUGUAGGUCUAAAACAUGAUUUGCGUUUUUGUUUUCUGCCUUUUUUUGUACAGUAUUGCUUUGGAAACGCUUGAGAGUACAAGGACAUGAUUUGCGGACGAUGUUUGCAGGCCUGACAAAUCAAACAGAAGGAAUCUAUUGGUACAAGACGACUUGAAAGUCAUAUUUGAAAGGACUGAGCUUUAACGUGAAUAGUGAUCAUUCAUUUUCGGUGGCGUGAAUGACGUGUAUGAAUUACCGUAUGUGCUAUAAAACAGUGAAAAGUUAUUGUGAGGUGGCUUUAAAACAAGGGAUUACUGCACUAUGCUUUUAGACCGCAAACUUUGUAUAUGGACAAUGCUGGUGAUUUGCCAUUUAAUCAAAAUAUUUGCAGUUUACUGUUUACAUAUGUGGCUGUAUGUAAGAGAGACUCUUGCUUGUACUGUUUGCAAUGUUUAAAACAUUUUUUUAAAGCAGAA